AUUGGCUCUGUCAUCAGGCUUGGAUAUUGAGGAAGGAUCUGCUGCCUCUGCUGCUGCUGCUGCUGCCUCUGCUGCUUUAUUGUGUGUGUGUGUACCUUUAUUUGUGUAUGUGUGUGAUGAAAUGAAAUGCCAGCGUUGGGUUACCUCCAGGGAGAGCCUCCUCGUCCUAUAAUGUGAGCCAGCAGCAGCGCUGUGCGAUCAGGGAGAAGCUGCAUCCAUCAGGCCUCCGGAGGACCAGGCGUGAUCCAACGGGAGGAGAGGAGAGAUCUUUUUUUUAUUUUAAGAUUAUUCAUCUCUGCUGUGGAGAGACGGGAUUGUCGUCAUCUCCCCCAUCCAUCCUUUUUUUUUUCUCAGCGGAGCCCCCACCUUCCUCCUCCUCCUCCGCCUCCUCCACUCUCGUUUUUUUUAUUCCCCCUCGUUCUUCUAGAGGUGCUCGUUGGAUUAUCAAACCUCCAUGUAUGACAAUUUGUACCUGCAUGGAUUUGAAGACUCGGAGGCGGGCUCAGCUGAUUCCUACACUAGCAGACCAUCAGACUCAGAUGUCUCUCUGGAGGAGGAGCGGGACGUGCAGGCGCAGGUCCAGAGCCAGAGCCCAAGCCAGAGCCAAGGACCGGGACAGAGCCGCCAGGAGAGGGAGCAGCAGGCCACCAUUCAACUGGAGAGAGCCAAGACUAAACCUGUGGCCUUCGCUGUGAGGACAAACGUCAGCUACUGCGGCGCUCUGGAUGAGGAUGUUCCCGUUCCAGCUACAGCCAUCUCUUUCGACGCCAAGGAUUUCCUCCACAUUAAAGAGAAGUUCAACAACGACUGGUGGAUAGGUCGGUUAGUGAAGGAGGGCUGUGAAAUCGGCUUCAUCCCGAGUCCUCUGAAGCUCGAGAACAUCCGGCUCCAGCAGGAGCAGAAAAGAGGACGAGUCCAAGGUAAGUCUGGAGGGAACUCUUCUUCCAGUGUAGAGGAUGAGGUCUCGGCCUCUAUCCGCCCGCUCAUUUCCUCCGCAGGAAAACAGAAACAGAAAGUGACGGAGCACGUCCCCCCGUAUGACGUGGUUCCCUCCAUGAGGCCCGUGGUGCUGGUCGGACCCUCGCUCAAGGGAUACGAGGUGACAGACAUGAUGCAGAAAGCUCUGUUUGACUUCCUCAAGCACAGAUUUGAUGGCAGGAUAUCGAUCACACGAGUCACCGCAGAUAUUUCUUUAGCAAAGAGGUCUGUUCUCAACAACCCGAGUAAGAGAGCCAUCAUCGAGAGGUCCAACACUCGCUCCAGCUUAGCUGAGGUGCAGAGUGAGAUCGAGAGGAUCUUCGAGUUGGCCCGCUCCCUGCAGCUCGUGGUCCUGGACGCCGACACCAUCAACCACCCGGCCCAGCUCCUCAAAACCUCCCUGGCCCCCAUCAUCGUUCACGUCAAAGUCUCCUCACCAAAGGUGCUGCAGAGGUUAGUGAAGUCCAGAGGGAAGUCUCAGAGCAAACACCUGAAUGUGCAGCUGGUGGCGGCUGACAAACUGGCCCAGUGUCCUCCAGAAAUGUUCGACAUCAUCCUGGACGAGAACCAGCUGGAGGACGCCUGCGAGCAUCUCGCCGAAUACCUCGAGGCCUACUGGAAGGCAACUCACACCUCGAUGGCCACGCCCCUAAACCCCCUGCUGGGACGCAACCUGGGCCCCACCACACUCACCCCGUACCCCACCAGCAUCUCUGGACUGCAGCAGAGCCAAAGAAUGCGACAGAGCAACCACACGGGGGACCACUCCACUCCCAACGAACGCCGCAAUCUGAUGACUUCAGACGAGAACUACCACAACGAGCGGGCGCACAAGGGACGCAACCGCAUGUCUUCUGGCUCGCAGCACAGCCGAGAGCAGCAGGACGCCUACCAGGACUACCAGGACCCCUAUCAGGAUUCAUACAAGCCACAUCGCAACCGCAGCUCACCGGGCAGCUACAGCCAUGACUCCCGGCACCGGCUCUGAGCCCGACUCUGUCACCACCGGGGCUAAAACGGGCCCCGAUUCCACCCUGAAUAAACGCUGCAACAGAGCCAAGAAGGUCCCAAAUUGUACCUGUUUUUGAUUUGUUGCUGUUUUUAUCUUUAAAGGUCAAAGAAAAUCAUGUUUUAGUUUGAAUUAAGCCACCAGGAAUCCACCAAACAACAGCGUGAGUAUUCGAAAAAGUUCAGGAUGCCAACACUUACUAACGCUGAUCCUCUAGUUUUUGUUUCUGGGACCUUUUGGGAUGUAAAGCGCUGACGGUUCAGCAGACGUGCAGUGCAGACUGUGCUAGCUGCUAGAGCUAAUUCUGGCUAGCAUACAGACGGUGAUGAUGCACGACGGGCUUUUUUUGCGCCUGGAGCAUCGCACCAUGUUCAGAGGGAAAUCCACUGCACACAGACUGCUGCAGGCUGCCCGGGCCAUGUACAAAUCCUCUCACCAUUUAGCUUAUUGCAUGCUGAUAGAUGAUCAAUCUGCAUCAUUGAUAUUUUGUACCUAGCAUCCUGGAUUCUCCGACGACGAGGUGUAGAUACGGAGAGGUCGAGAAAAGGGUUUGUGUGCUGAAGAAAUCCGGCUGCUAGAUUUGAAAACUGGUGCUUCACAUUCCCCAAAUCUUUUACUUUAUUUUUAAAGUCACUUCUUUUUGAGCACGGCCAGCUUUUCUGUAGCAUCGCUUUCGGAUUUAAUUUGACCCUCGCCGUCAUGAGCGUGAGCUGAACGCGAUGGCGCUGGGAUCGGAGAAGGCAAUACUGCUUCUGUUGUGGACAGCUGGCACUUAGAGAGUCUGGAGGAGGAGAAAAACUGGACGACUACAUUCUGAGAUGGCGUGUGUCCUGAUUUCUCUGCCCUGCCAGCGUGAACAGAUUUAAAGUUUGUUAGACUAAAAAAAAAACAAAAAAAAAAAACACACAGCUGCGUGUUUAUUAGCUUUGAAAUGAAGGUUGUACAGCGUUAAAACAAAGGUUAAGACGUCGAUGCGUGUGGGUCAUGCCUAAUCAGAGUUCCUUCCCGUGUUUAUUAAAGCAUUCAAAAUGUGACAUGGCAGCAUCGGUUGCAUCACGUCGUUCAUCCUCUGUGUAGCUGCCGGCAUGUUGUCCUGACUGCAGAGCAUGCUCCCUCCGAACGUUUAAAUGAAAACUGUACUCGAGUGGAUGUUGGUAGAGCUGUAGGGCGUCUUUGUUUAAAAAAAAAAAAAAAAGAGAGAAGGAAACGACGGCCCGAACGACAGACGGUUUGUAACUCAACGCUCUGAAGCUGAGGACGGAGUCAGUCGAUUGCAUGAGUGGAAAGUGGAUGAUUAGCGCUUUUUAAAUUCAGAUUGAUAUCAGAAGGUUCAAAGAAGCGUCUGUCUAACAGGACUAAAGGCCACGCCCCCCUCACCAAUCAAGCUCAACCAACCCAAACGGAGCUUCUUCAUGGAAACAGGAAGCUGCUUGGUUUUUAAAUAUUUUUGAACGGCUCGUUAUUUAGGCUCUGACUUUAAAUGUGAUGCAGCCUUCAAAUGUUCUUGUACAGGAAAGGCUCAUUCUUUCAUGUCGUGAUUAAACUUAAUAAUCCCCAGAGUGCAAUCAGUUCCCUCCCAUGAGCUGGAUUUAAAAAAAGGUUGUUAGAACAUUUAUUGGAAAAGAGCGAUCACUGAUUUCUUCUCAAAUCGUCCAUGAUAACGGUCUUCCACGCGUCACAGUCCAGAUUAGAGGUCUUUGUUCACUCCCUUUUUCUAAACAUAAACUCUGAACCCGACUUGUUUUAGCCAGAGAUGUUCAACUUUUUGAACUCUGAUAUAGUUGACAGAAAUCUUUUUUGAGUCGAGCGUUCUGCAGGUUCUCUCAAAACUCAAAGAUUGAAGUCGUGAUCUUAGAACACAGAAAACAAGCUGCAGGGGGGGAAAUGUCCUCGAGUGAUUGUCUUCCUGAUGUCAGACAUGUGGAUAAUGUUUAAACCCUUCUUCUUCUUCUUCUUCCAUCCUAACAGCAAAAAUUGUGUAAAAGAAAACCGACAGUGACUGCUGCGGGUUCAAUAGAGGAUCCAUUUCUUUGGUUUCUAAAUAUCGAGGAUUUUAAUAACAAACUUGUGAAUCAGCUGAAGAAGUUGGGAGCUGCUGCUUUGAAGCAACAACUAGGGGGCGCCGGUGGCCUAGCGGUUAGUGCGUGCGCCCCAUGUACGGAGGCUGUAGUCCUCAAAGUGGCGGCCUUGGUUUGAAUCCAACCUGUGGCUCCUCUCCCUGGUUUCUGACUCUAUCUGAUGUCCUGUCUCUAAAUAAAAAUCCCACAAACUAACGUUAAAGAAGAAGCAACAAGCGGUCAGGAGGAGCUUUUUAAACUGGACCAUCUUAAACGUCACGCUGUGUUUCAGAUUCUGUGUUUGAAUCUGUCGGGAGUAGACAUAAAUAUCUGACCGUCCCAGAGAGUUUCACAGCCUGACACGCUUUCAAAACGACUUAAAUUGACCUACAUUUGUUAAAAGACCAAACUAUAAGCAUCCUGUGACGACAUCUAACUGCAGACCUGACUUCAAACUCCGAGCAAAUGUUUUUCUAGGCAGCUUCUGAUGAACUACUUAGAAAAUAAAGAGGCGAUCACUUUGUUUUUGUGCAGACGUAAGGGGGAUAAAUGGUUAAGAAAAAGUCGUACAGCACAAAAGAAAAAGCUCAAACUUUGUUGGUGUUUGAGGAAAUGUUCCUUUAAUGUGAAUCGAUGUAAACGUGCACAGAUUAUCCAGAAGAAUCUGAUUUAUUCCCGCUUUCUCUCUUUGUUUUGAUCUGUUGUUUCAUGGACUGUAACUUUAAGACUGCAAAGUUUAACAGAUGAAGUGUUAAAGGGCAUGAUGUUACUGUUUACAAGCACGCUCAUGCGUCUCAUCCCGCGCCCCCAUAUAGCAUGAAUCCCAUUGGUUGAUUGAACAGGGAGCCAUUUUUUCCAUUCAAAAUCAAGCCAACCGAUGUUGAGCUGGGCUGCUUGAGACAAUCAGACGGGAUUUCCAGAGCUGUGGAUACAAAAACAAACAAAACAAGUCCACACUCGCUCACUCACAGACUCUAAAAAACGUCCUGCUUUCUUUCACGUUUGUUCCUCCUCAUUUUAUUUACCACAAGUUAAAACCCACAAAAAAAAAACAGAACUUCUAGGGAGCAUUUUGAUUUGUUUAGAUGUAAAACAAAAAGAAGCAAAACGACAUAUUUAUUCCUGUAGAGAAGUGAUAGAUGAUUUGCUGGCGAUUAUUUUUAUAACAAAUAUCUGUACAUAUUGUCUUUGAGAGAUGCUCUUUGCUGUAAACAUGUUGCUAAAUGAGAUGACCCACGUGGGAGCGACUGCGAGGUCCAGCAUCCAGAGUUUCAGUAAUGUGCAAUACAAAAAACGGCAUGCUGUUUCAAAAUGAGGAACUUCUUCACGUACUGUACUAUGCAACCGCAAACUGUGUACAUCGCUUCAUUGCUGUGGCUUCGACAUCCGCCCUUUUCCAAGCAGCUCCAUGCGGACUUUUAAAGGAUUUUUGUGUUCUUAUUUUUCUCUCCUGUGGACGAUGAAAACCUAAGCGGUUAAUGCGGUAUUGCAUGCGUAAUAUACCAUUCUAAUUUAUAAGAAGGAAAUAAAGGAAAAAUACACGAAACUGGAAGUGAUUGUGUUUAAGGCAGAGCUACAAGUGACUUAAAACUUUUCUUUUUCAGAAUAAAAGAGCCGUUCUAAA